AUGGGUUCUAUCGCUCAGUCUGGUACCUUCCUCUUCACCUCCGAGUCAGUCGGUGAGGGUCACCCUGAUAAGAUUGCUGAUCAGGUUUCUGAUGCCGUUCUCGAUGCCUGUCUGGCCGAGGACCCCCUCUCCAAGGUUGCUUGCGAGACUGCCACCAAGACCGGUAUGAUCAUGGUCUUCGGUGAAAUCACCACCAACGCUCGUCUGGACUACCAGAAGAUCAUCCGUAACGCCAUCAAGGACAUCGGUUACGAUGCUUCCGAGAAGGGUUUCGACUACAAGACUUGCAACGUCUUGGUUGCCAUUGAGCAGCAGUCCCCCGAUAUCGCUCAGGGUCUUCACUACGAGGAGGCUCUUGAGAAGCUCGGUGCCGGUGACCAGGGUAUCAUGUUCGGCUAUGCCACCGACGAGACCCCUGAGCUCCUGCCCUUGACUGUCAUCCUCUCCCACAAGCUCAACGCUGCCAUGAAGGCUGCCCGUCACCAUCGAGUACGCCCACGACAACGGUGCCGUCAAGCCUCUGCGUGUUGA